GCAGAAAGUUUGGCGAAGGCAGCUCGCAGCGACACGUCAACGUUUGGUCGUUCAACGUUCUUUCGUCGAAAGCUGAAAGAAAAACGGGCGAAGUCGUUAGCAAGAAAUGUUGUCGAUGAUGUUUCAUUCGAGAACAGCUGCGAUAUGGCCUUCCCAGCAUAUGAGCGAGUUACACUAAGGCAUCCACCGUUCCAGAGGUCACAACUUAAGAAGCGUAAUAUCUGCUCUUUUUAUCGCUCUGCUCCUGUCUUUAGUUAA